AUGUCACAGCCAGUCAGUCCUUUCCAAUACCAGAAGUUACUCGCUUUUGGUUUCCGGCCCAGUACCCUCUUGCUGGACCCGGACUGCGUGUAUGAUGCCACCUGCCACCGCGCCUGUUGUAUGCAUGCACCGCGAUCCCGGAAGGAGAGCCCACAGAAACCGGACGCACCUAGCGGGAUCGCGGCACGGGGCGCUGUUUAUCCUCAGAUUGACAACAUCGAUUGGAUCGCCCCAAGUCUGCACAUGCGCAGUGACAACAUCGACCGGAUCGCCCCAAGUCUGCACAUGCAUGGUGACAACAUCGACCGAAUCGCCCCAAGUCUGCAUAUGCGCAGUGACAACAUUGACCGGAUCGCCCCGAGUCUGCACCUGCGCAGUGACACACCACCCAGUAUUCCGAACGCCGCAGUUUUCAGUUUCAUGAACAACGCAAACGUGUCCCAGUCGAAGAUAAAAAAUGGUUAAGACUCCACUUUCACGAUCGCAUCUUUUAACAUUAUAUGUCCAGUUUUUGAUAAUGUUCUCAACCAACGUAACUUAUUUAGUCCUGUAAUGUUGGUGAAAAAAAUAAAGAAUUUAAGUUGUAUCUACCAGCUACUGAUGAUACUUUAAGUGAUGCUCGAUUGGUCAAUUUAGACUGCACCCGAGUAUUAUUCCCGCCUUAAAUCCGACGUCGUAAAACGCGCUACGGAAUACUAAAUAAAAUUAUCUUUGAAGAAAAACUCAAUAUGCCUUUAAGGCAGGAGUAUCGAUAAUAUAAUGGCUGUUUUUCAGAAUAUUGACAUAAAUAUGAACAUCAUUAAUAUUUAAAAUAUAGCGGACAACGAUCAAUUUAGCGUUCGAAUUCCCGUGUGCGAGUUACUAUAUUCACCGUAUCCGGGGUUCAUUUAAGUAUACUUAAGCGUACCCGGGGUACAGUUAAGUAGUACCCGAGCAUAAGUGACACAAAUCAUAAAAUGUAUUAAAAUUGCAAAGACGCACCUUGAUAAAAUUAUAUCCUUCAUAACGAGUAAAUAAUAAUUGUAUAAUUAUAAACUACAUAAGUACUAGCCACGGAUCGUAUAUUGACAGGAGUUGAAUCGAGUAUUUGACCCUUACUGUAGUAAAUUAAAUUGUAUGCAAAAACUAA